CCGGCAAAAUGGUGGCGUCCGCGGAGGUCCGCGUGGCUCGCUGUGGCGGUAGCAGAAUAAAUUUUAUCGAACCGAUUAUUACGUUAGAUUCUAGGUUCCUACUGUGUGCGUCGGGCGAUGCGGUUCACGUAUACAGCACAAGCACAGAGGAGCGUGUCCAUGUGCUGCAGGGACACGUGGACUUGGUCACGGGCCUCAGACUGAACUCAUCCAACCACCUGCAGGUGUACUCCUGCUCACUGGAUGGCACUGUUAAACUCUGGGACUUCACAGACGGCAUCCUCAUCAAGACGUACAUCGUGGGACACAAGAUAUUCUCUCUGUAUGUUUCGAAGUUCCACGAGGGGACUGUAUUCAUCAUCCUGCCGAUGGAGAGCAGCGCUAAUACUGAGGCCUUCCAGCUGGUGGCUUUGCAUUUGCCCAAGACCACAGGGCCAGAAGUGGAGGCCAGGGACAUCUUAUCGGUGCUGCGCGAUGUCAGCCCUAUCCCCAAGGCCACCUCCUUCGGCAGAGGGGGGGAAUUUGUGGCCUCUGCCAGCGGUCUCCAGCUCUCUGUAUAUUUCUUCAGAAAACAAAAAACAUACAGGUUUUCUCUAAAAGCCAACGACAAGAAGGGAGCCAGGAACAGGUUCACCUGCGUUGCAAGCCACCCAAACGACGACUGCAUUGCCACCGGACACGAGGAUGGCAAGAUCCGCCUGUGGAGAAACUUCAGUCAGAAGAAGGAGUACACAUACUCGACGGAGCACUGGCACCACAGCGCUGUAAACGCCCUGCACUUCACCCCAGAAGGAACAGAACUGCUCAGCGGGGGGGUUGAGUCAGUGCUUGUGCUAUGGCGCUAUGGGGCCGGGUCCAAAAAGGACUUUGUGCCUCGUCUGGGCAGCGCUAUCGAACACAUCUCUGUGUCGCCAGAUGGAUCGUUGUACUGCACGUCUCACAAAGACAACAAGAUUGUGGUCAUGAAAAGCAGUCGGGAUAUCUCUGCCAUCAUCCAGGGAUUGGUGAAAGGUGAGACCAUCAGGACUGACCUGCUCAUAGACCCACGUACGAAAGCUCUGGUGUGUAACGGGAAGCCUGGCCACCUGCAGUUCUUCUCUCUCCGCCAUGACAAGCAGCUCUACAACUUGGACAUUGUGCAGCAGGAGUACAUCCACGAGGCGGGCCUGCAUCAGUGCGAGGUGACAAAGGCUGCCAUCGACGCCCAGGGGUCCUGGCUGGCCACAGUCGAAGAAAGACAGGAGAACCCCGAAGAGCUGGACAUCAUUCUAAAACUGUGGGCCUACGAUGAGUCAACGCAAAGCUUCCAUCUGAACACCUCCAUUUCUAUGGCCCACGAGGGUCAGAUUAGUGCCAUGUGCUUCUCCGGCGACGCUGAGGCCACCAUGCUCGUGACCACAGGGCGGGACGGCCACUUCAAGGCCUGGUUGCUGGCUGACCACCCCGAUGCUCAAGGUGAGGGUGCUUCUUGGUCCUGUGACUACGUGGGUAGCUACCACCGCCGAGAGCCCACCCGAUGCUGCUUCUCAGCAGACGGGUCCCUGUUGGCUGUCGGCUUCGGAGAGGUGGUCACCGUGUGGAGCCCCAGCACCUGGGAGCUGCUGGUGACUUUCAGCCAGCCACCUGGAGACAUCAGGGACCUUUGUUUCGGGAGGCUAAGCUGUUCCAAGUACCUCCUUGGCACAACCACCAAGAACCUGCUCUGCUGCUGGAACCUGCUGACCUGCUCUUUGGAGUGGAGUUCCACAGUGGAUGUGAUCCUCCUCCAGCCCGACCCCCUGUCUGAGAACAUGGCUGCUUUUUCUCGUGCGUCAGGCAGCACCGACUUGUUUGUGUUCAAGCCCAGUGAGCCUCGACCGCUGUUCUCCCAGAAGGCCGUGUGCUCCGGGACAGUUAGGCGUGCUGUCUUUGCACCUCGAGAGGAAGUGCUGGAGGGCUGCGAUGAGAGUACCCAGUGGCUGAGCUGCUCACGGCUCUACUUUCUAACGGAGCACAUGGAGUUGAUGACAUUUAGUACCAAGUCAGAGGAAGACCAAAUUAUUGCUUCAAGUAAACAGCUCGUCAUUGACGACAGCGUUGCCGUGACACCCUUCUACCUGUUGCUGGGCAAACACAGAAAGUCUCAACGAGAGACACAAGACUCUGUCUCGAGCCACACUGCAGCAAGAAUCCAGCUCCCACAAGGGUCACCAGCAAUUAGAGAGUUGCUGCACACUCCAGCACAUGUCCUUCCAUCUGCGUCCUUCCUGUGCAACAUGUUUGUCAACUCUCUUCUCAUCUCGAAGUCUGGAGUCAGAGAGGAUGGCAGGUGCCGAGAGGAGGAGAUGGGCAGUGAGGAGGAGGAGGAGGCCGAGGAGCAGGAGUCUGAGGGGGAAAUGGAAGCCUCUGUCUCUGCACAGGGUCCUGCGGUUCAGGGCUUCCAGACAGAGCCCACACCGCAGCUGUCAAAGGCCCAGGAAAGAGAACUAAGAAAACUUCAAAAAGCAGACUUCAGCUGGCUCAGCUCACUACUGGACUCUUGAAAUGUGACCGCGAAGGGGUUUUAGGGUACACUCGUUCCUGUGUUGCUUUUUGCAGCAAUAAAGUGUAAUGUUUUUUCUAAAGAAAUCUCCACAUUCUGGACAUUUCAGAGUUAUGAGUGCAUUUCUUUUGCAAGGGUUUAUAGGUUU